AGUGCGCUGAGCACUCGUGCGGGUGACAACACAGCCACGCUCCACGUUCAGAACAACACGGACUUCAACUCAACAGUUUCACAGUCAGGUGAAGCAUGAACUGAUGUUCAGAUAACGACAGCAGCAUUUCUGUCCAUCACUGACUCUCACCUCCUGGUGUCAGAAGAUAUGACAUGUGGGAAUUUAACGCACAUCUGGGGCCUCAACGGUCGAGCGCUGGAAUCUUUGGUCUCCUGCCUCACUGCGGCCCUUUCCGUCACAGUGCUCACAUUCACACUGCUCGGGAUCCUGUGUUUCAGAAGAUAUCGUUCUUUGACCUGUACCAUUCGGGAGCUGCGGGCGACCAAGAUGCCGUUGCAACCCGUAUCUCGGCAAGAAGCUUCCAUCACGUCUGCAAGGCCAGUGGGGGAGGAAGAGGAGGAGCUUCAGCCUCAGACUCUUCUACAUAAUAGCAGCAUAGUUAGGUCUUCAUCCAAGAAGCGAUGGAAAGGCCUGCAUCAGGGUCCUCGAUUCACAAAGUUGGAUCUGAACCUGCUGCAGCUGAUCAAAGCAGGGAAAGAAGGCGUCUUCUACCAGGCCAGGAUGACCAGAGGGACGUGUAAAGGCCACAACAUGUUCACAUGCAAAAUCAGCAAAGAAGGCGUCCGUCUCAAGCAGGUGGAAGUAGAAGUUUCCAUCAUGAGGAAACUGAUGCACCAUAAGAACAUCCUGCAGUUACUGGACUGGAGCACGACUGAGGAGCCUUACAUCCUGAUCAUGGAGUAUGUGAGCUAUGGCACACUCAGGACCUUCCUGCAGACCAACAAAAGCCUCCUGAGUGCAGAUCCUGAACUGCAGAGCCUCCUCACCAUCGCCUCUUACCACAUCGCUCUGGCUAUGCAGCACCUGCGCUCCAAAAUGAUAGUUCACUGUGACUUGGCUCUGAGGAACAUCAUGGUCAAUAGGUUUCCCUGGGAAGUGAAAGUGGCAGAGUUCGGCCUGGCUCGGGAUUUAUCACGACUGACCAGUCGCCACAGCAGCCGCUGGAGAAACCCACACCAGCGAGUGCCACUGCGCUGGUAUCCACCCGAGUACUUCAAGAACAACUACUACAGCUUCAAGGGAGACGUGUGGGCGUUCGGCAUCGUGCUGUGGGAGAUGCAGACGUUUGGCACUUUACCAUACCCACACCUGGAGACGUCAGAAGCAGUGGUGUACCACAUCUGUAUCGGUCAUAAAAACACAAACCCUGAAGGCUGCAGACCAGAAAUACUUCAUAUCAUCCAGGACUCGUGGCUGGAGCCGUACACUCUGAGACCCUCAUUCUCUGACAUUAUCCGUAUGUUAGAGGACAUCAUAGAAAACGACGCGGACUAUGUGGAUGUGGAGAGUCCACAGCUGCUGGUGACAGAUGAGGCUGAAUAUCAUGAAGCUAAAUAUCUGCGAGCAGCCAGCAUCACUGUGGAUGAUUUAAAUACCAUCUAAAUAGAUCAGACAUGAUAAAACACUGUCUAUCCUCAUCACAGUAAUCGACCAAGCUUCAUAACCUGUGUGAUUAAUCACCAAAUCCAUCAAUCAAUGGAGACACAGGUCAUUUUUUCCCACAACAGAGGGGAAAGUUUAUCUUAAAUAUUGAUAAUAUUUACAGUAGGCAGGAUUUUUUUUAUAGAUAAAAGAUUUAAAGUAAAAGUAAUUUGAGCACAGUCGGCUACAGACUUUUCACAGGAGGCAGAUUUAUUCCCAUUAAGAUCAUUUGCUCUCUCACCAUCCUCCUCUUCCUCACAUAUACUUCAUAUAAUGGUAUUAUUAUUUUUAUUUAAUUUAUUAUAAUUAUUGUUUGUUAUUUCAGCUCCACUCUGAUCACAUACCCUUGUAUAUACAGUAGAACAGUAUUUAUGAUUUUUAGCACAACCAGAGGAAGCUCCCGUACCACUGGUGGUGCACAUACCAUAGUUUGAGAACCAAAGUUCAAAGUUCUAGAUGUUAAGUAACACUAAGAGUUUUUAUGGACAAAUAGUUCAACUUAUCAUGUUUAAUUAACUCUUUUAGUGAUAUUCUACAACUGUAAAAUCUUAUUUCAUUUGAACAUUUUAUUUUUCAAUUUUUUGUACAUAAAUCUCUCUUGAAAUAGUGACCAACAUCGUUUUAUUACAGCUUUUUUUUUAUUAAAAGUAAUUCUAGAAUUGAUUGUUGUUUUCUUAUCUAGUAUUUGAACACAAGCACAUUCAAAUCACCCUU